GGCCCUCGAUGCCCGCAUAGGGCACCACAUCCCCGAUCCAAGUUAGGGUCUCGCCCUGAAUCUAGGGUUCUUGGCCCCGGACCUUGAUUACCUCGGUCACCCUUCGGCGAUCGCCGGAUCGAUUGCGCGUCUGAUCGUUUCAAUCUCUUUUUCUUACCAUCUGUCGCUGAUUUAACCUUCGUAUCUCGGAAAGAUGCUUCCGCUAUCGCUUCUGAAGACAGCACAAGGGCAUCCCAUGCUGGUGGAGUUGAAGAAUGGGGAGACUUACAAUGGGCACUUGGUGAACUGCGAUACCUGGAUGAAUAUCCACCUCCGUGAGGUCAUUUGUACCUCAAAGGAUGGUGAUCGAUUUUGGAGGAUGCCAGAAUGUUAUAUUCGUGGGAAUACCAUUAAGUAUCUUCGAGUUCCUGAUGAGGUGAUUGACAAGGUUCAAGAGGAAACCACCAAGAGUCGUACAGACAGGAAGCCACCCGGUGUUGGCCGAGGAAGGGGAAGAGGUAGAGAAGACAACAGCGGGAGGCCUGCCAAGGGCAUUGGACGUGGUCAAGAUGAUGGAAGCGGCAGAGGUGGUGGUGGUCGUGGCCGGGGCGGAGCUGGUGGUAAAGGUGGCGGUGCUAGAGGUGGAGGGCGUGGCCGUGGGUGAUACAAGUCAGCUCUGGAGACUGCCAUCUACUGUUCAAGCAAAUGCCAGGUUUUUAAGGGCUUAUUGUUUUGUUCCAUAGUUUAAUCUCAAGAGUGAACUCAGAUGGAUGUCGUAGCGGACUUUGUGAAUCUUUUGCUGCAUCACUAUAGUUUGACGUAUGUGGUCGCCUGAUUUUAGUUUAUGAAACCUUAAGUAUUUAAUUGUGUUCCUAAACUUUUGAUCA